UUCACCACCCUCAGAGAGCCAUGGUGGGCGAGGCUCUUACACUGAAGCUCUAACUUACACACCCAGCCUCCAGUCUCAGACUCGCACUAUGGGCUUUGGUCUGCUUUCCCUUCACCCUCUGAAGACGACCUUCCCGUUUGGAGUGGCCGCUGGAUGAGAGAAAUGUGACGGAAGAGGCUGUUUCUACAAUGUAGGCGAAACUCGACUGGAGCGUUUAGAUCCUCCUUCAAAAAAAGUGAAUGCAAUCCAACGGACAUGGAGCGCAGCGGCGGAGGAGCGUGAGCACCAUGGUGGCCUUACUGUGUCUCACCCUGCCCUCCUUGUUAGCUCUGGUAACUGCAGGAGAGGUAAAGAAUUGCCACCCACAGUGCCGAUGUGAGAUAGAGAGCUAUGGUCUGUUCGACAGCUUCAGCCUGACCAAAGUGGACUGUAGUGGAGUUGGUCCAGGCACUGCUCCUGUCCCUAUUCCUCUGGACACAUCCCACCUGGACCUGUCUCACAACGCCAUUGGCUCCAUCACAGACUCCAUGCUAUCUGGACCAGGCUACACCACCCUAGUCAGCCUGGACCUUAGCAACAAUCUCAUCACCAGGGUCAGUCCUAAAGCUUUCUCCAAACUCCGCUACCUAGAGACUCUAGAUCUAAGUCAGAAUGCACUGGAGAGCCUUGGAGAUGGCUGUUUCUCUGGGCUUCCACUGGCUGAUGUGGACCUCAGUGACAACAUGUUCCAGAACUUUAACCUGGAUCUCUUCACCACCAAGGGCCAGGAAACCCCCAUUAGUUUGGACCUUUCUAAUAACCAUCUCACUACAGUCUCCAGGAAUCCACAAGCUCAUGCUCCGUUUAUUAAGAGCCUGAUGCUAGCAGGAAAUAGGCUGCAGACGGUGCCCAAACUUGCAGGAAUUCCCUUGCAGUAUCUGAACCUGGACGGAAAUCUCAUCCCCAUCAUUGAGGAGGGCGCCUUUGAGGAGAUGAAAGAUCUCAUCUAUUUGUCUCUCAGUGGCCUGCUUGAGCUGUCAGCAAUACAACCCAGCAGUUUUAGAGGCCUAAGUAACCUCCAGGUCCUGGACCUAUCAAACAACCGGCAACUCAAGGGUAUAAGCCCAGAUGUGUUCAAUGGACUGACCUCUUUACAGGAGCUCAAUUUGUCCCAGUCUGUAGUCACUCCAUUGCCUGCGACCAUCUUUAACCUCAUGCCAAGUAUAAAAAGUGUAUCUCUGGGGCCAAAUAUGCAUUGCUGGAAGACACAUAAACAAGGUCAGUUUCACAGACAGAUUGGACAGGCGAAGGCAAAUGAUAUAUUAACCUGUGAUGUUGCUGGCAUUGUUUCAUGAAAUCAGUAACUUUUCUUUUUUUCACUUUUAUGUGCCUUAUUUCUCUGAAGCCAAGGUGUUCCAUUAUUUCUAGUGAAGCUGACCCUUUUCACUUGUUCACCAUUAAGAUAACAUUGUUUUUGCACUUGAAGCAGACCAAGGUUCACGAAUUUACAUAUUUUUACCGUAUUAUGAUGUGUAGUAUUAGGAGUUCACUUGGGGCUCCCAUGCACUUUAAGUAGCACACUCUUUUCCACUAACAAUAGAGGUGCCAAAAAGGAUUUUACAGCAAUGCCAUAGAAGAACCACUUUUGGUUUCUUAAAGCAGUGGUUCUCAACCUGGUCCUCAGGAGUCCUCGUAUGGUCCAUAUUUUUGCUCUGUGCCUACCUGUAGGAUUUGGAAUUUAGUUAAAAUACGGACAACUUCAGGGGUCCCUCUUAAGAACAGUUUGAGAUCCAGUGCCCUAAAGAACCUUUCAAUUGAUGGUUCUUUUAAAAAUCAUUAAUGUAAUUGAGAUCUGCAAAUGUGAAAAAAGUUUUUAAGGUUUAAACAGCCUCCACAUAUUGUAAAGGUUCUAUGCCAGUUUAACAAAAUGUCUGAACCAUUUAGGAACCUUUAAGUAUGAGAGUGCAUUACAUUCCUCUUUUUGCUGAUCCUUACUUUUGUAAUUUUGCAGUUAUUUUUAUGGGAUUAGGACUAGUUGAUUCUACAUUCCUUGUAGCACAGUUUCUGGGGAUGUGCCCCAGACCACACAAAAACCACUUUAAACUUUGAAACCAAAGUUUUAAAUGAAUGUUAAGUGCCUUAAUGUCAUACCAUGCAUGUAUUUCAGCAGGGUGUCCUGUCCUGGAACAGAUUGUUUCAGAUAUGGUUUUGGGCUGAUGGUACAGAUGGACUAUUUUUGUUUGCACAGGCAGUUAAUGAUACUGAAAGACUGGAAAGCAGUGUUGGGGUCAAUUCUUCAAUUCGUUAAACUUGUAUUCCCUUCAGGCUGAUCACUUAAAAUUCACUGAUACAUUUUAAGCAGAUUUAAAGAAAUAAGUAUUAAUUUAAAGUAAUACUGAUUUUGAUUAAUUGUACAUAUUUCUGAAUUGAUGCAACUGAUCUCACCCCGAGGCUUUUACUUUAUGUCUCACAUCCAGACACGAAACUGUUUCUCAUUCCUAUGGCAAGUCAUGUGAAGCUAUAAAUUAUAACAUUGUUUUAUAAAAAUUGAUGCCUUUAUUGUCAUUUUAAUUAAUAGUAUGGAUGUUUCAAAGUAUGCAUGCAUUGGGAAGGACCAUACUUUCAAUAUAAUAUGCCAGUGGCAUUUAGUCAAAUGUUUAAACAAAUGUAACUCAAUUUGCUAUUGAAAUCCAACGAAAACGAGUAUUAGUCAUUUGACAUCCAUAUGUUACAGAAUUUGUCAUGCACUCGCUGCGUUUUGCACUUUUUGGUCAUGAAGUGGGUUGAGUUUGUUGCAAAAUGGAUUUUGCAAUUGUGUAUAGAAUUGUAUAUGUUUGUACAAAACAAUAUGCAUUUAAUAAAUACUAUAAAUUGGACCAUUCCUUGCAA